AUGGCUUGGUUCCUUAGCAUCUUCUUCUUCCUCCUCGUCUCGUCUGCUACUGCUUGUGAUCGUUGUAUUCAUCGAUCCAAGGCUACUCAUUACUAUGGAGAUUCACCAACUUCAUAUGGAGGAGCCUGUGGUUAUGGAGAUUUGGCAUUGGAAUUUACCAAUGGCUACUUCUCAGCUGCUAUCCCUUCUCUUUACAAACAAGGAGCUGGGUGUGGUGCAUGUUUUCAGGUGAGAUGUAAAGACAAAAGAUUAUGCAAUGGAGCAGGGACGAAAGUGGUAUUGACUGAUCAAAAUUAUGAUACGAGAGCCGAUUUUGUUCUUAGUAGAAAAGCUUUUUCGACCAUGGCUUUGAAAGGAAAAGGUCAAGAACUUUUGAACACUGGAAUUGUGGACGUAGAAUAUAAGAGGAUACCUUGUGGAUACAAAAACAAAAACUUGGCCGUUCGAGUUGAAGAAUCGAGUUAUAACCCGAACUAUUUAGCCAUUAAAUUGUUGUACCAAGGUGGCCAAACUGAGAUAGUGGCGGUUGACAUAGCUAAGGUUGGUUCAUACGAUUGGGUGAGCUUGAGCAGGAGCUACGGAGCUGUGUGGGAUACCAAUAAAGUACCGAGAGGAGCACUUCAAAUGAGGAUGGUAGUGACUUCAGGUUACGAUGGAAAACGGUUAUGGGCAAAAUAUGUGCUUCCUGUCGAUUGGAAAACUGGAGUCAUUUACGAUACUGGAGUUCAAAUCGACGAUAUUGCCAAAGAGGGUUGCCCUGCAUCGGAGUGUGGUGAUCGUCCAUGGAAAUGAAUGUACCAAAUUGAAUGAGUUUAAUACCCAUUUAAGCAUAGCUUCUAUACAUAUGGGUUGUCUUUAAAUUUCUUGAU